AUGACCGAGAAGGAAGUGCCAGAGCCAGCGGCUUCACCGGCUUCAGGUGGGAAACCCAAGAGCCGGCUGCAGAAGCUGAAGCAACUUUUCCAGCGAAAGCCGAAGGAGGAGCCGGUGCCGGAGCCGCAGCCCAACGGGGAGCUGGUCAGCCCCUCGGGGGGCCCCAUCUACUACAUCUAUGAGGACGAGGAAGAGGAGGAAGAGGAGGAGGAGCCCGAGCCCCCUCCUGAGCCCGAGAAACUCGUCAAUGACAAACCCCACAAGUUCAAAGAUCAUUACUUCAAAAAACCCAAGUUCUGUGACGUUUGUGCCCGGAUGAUCGUCCUCAACAACAAAUUUGGCCUGAGGUGCAAGAACUGCAAAACCAACAUCCACCACCACUGCCAGUCCUACGUGGAGAUGCAGCGCUGCUUCGGCAAGAUCCCCCCCGGGUUCCGCCGGGCCUACAGCUCCCCCCUCUACAGCGACCAGCUCUGCGUCAAGGACCAGCUCUCGGACAACAGGAGCGACCCCGUGUUCGAGACGCUGCGGACGGGCGUCAUCAUGGCCAACAAGGAGCGCAAGAAGGGGCAGGACGACAAGAAGAACCCCUUGGCUGCGAUGAUGGACGAGGAGCCGGAGGCCACGAAGCCGGCGGGGAGCAAAGCCGAGGGCGGUGCCUCCGAAGGGGACAAGAAGGCUGAGAAGAGCCCGACAGAUGACAAGAACAAGAAGCCGCAGCCGGGGGCGUUCCUGCAGUCCCACUAUUUCGUGGCACUUUAUCGCUUCAAAGCCCUGGAGAAGGACGACCUGGACUUCCCGCCGGGGGAGAAGAUCACGGUGGUCGAUGACUCCAACGAGGAGUGGUGGCGGGGGAAGAUCGGUGAGAAAGUCGGGUUUUUCCCCCCCAACUUCAUCAUCCGGGUGCGGGCGGGCGAGCGGGUGCACAAAGUGACCCGUUCCUUCGUGGGCAACCGGGAGAUCGGGCAGAUCACACUCAAGAAGGAUCAGAUCGUGGUGCAGAAGGGGGAGGAGGUGAACGGUUACGUCAAAGUCUUCACCGGCCGCAAAGUGGGGCUGUUCCCUGUGGACUUCCUGGAGGAGAUCUGAGGGGGCUGCGGGGGGGGGGGGGACCCCCCGGAGGGG